AUGUCAGCAACGAAAGUAUCAACAACCCUGCCUACCCCAGCCACAGGGGCAUCUGAGAGCAAGCUCACGACCGGUGAUGAGCCACAGUUCGUGGUGCCCUACGCCACAGCGCUUUCAUCUUUCCAAGAAACAAAGUCAAACACCGACAACAUCGUUACGGAAGCCGGAUUCGCGGGAUACUACGAAAAUGUUCACGAACGUCAGAAAAAGCUGAUUGUACUCCUGAUCAUCAAAGCAUUUCAAAAACUACGAUGUGACGUUGGAAGGACGAAACCAGGACAGAAGCUACGGCCAAUCAAGUCUGUUGCCAACGUCCAGAAGCAACUGGAGUUCUGCUAUGAGUCGCUCAUAGACGCCGGUCUCAUCCGUAAAGAAGGUGACCAAUACGUUCGAACAGACACGCCAAUCCCAGCUGGCAACGAGAAAGAGGCCCUUCAGGCGAUAUUGAACGACUAUCCAACAUACACGUCACUUAAUAAACUUGUGGCACAUGCAGGCAACAAUCUUGCAGAAAUCUACGCUGGCCGUACAGACGGCGUGAGAUCGAUUUUCGGCUCGCCAGAAGGCCGAGAGUAUCUCGAAGACAUCUACGGAGCCGCCCAUCCCAGCAAAGCCUUUCACAAGCUUAUGGAAGACUUCAUGACCCGUUUCACGAAGAACAUUGAUGUGCAGUCCGGGGCCCAACUGAAGAUCCUCGAGCUCGGUGCUGGCACUGGCGGCACGACAAAAUGGCUCGCGCCGCUGCUCGCCAAGUCAGGCGUACCGGUAGGGUACACAUUCACGGAUCUUGCCGGCGGUUUCACUGCCCAAGCCGCGCGGAAGUUUCAAGAUUAUCCAUUCAUGACCUUCCGGACGCAAGAUAUCGAGAAACCGCCGCCCGCGGAGUUAAUUGGGACUCAACACAUGGUAAUUGCGGUAAAUGCCGUUCAUGCCACUCCCGAUAUGGUCAAGUCACUCCGCAACACGCGACAAUUCCUUCGUCCGGAUGGGUUUGCGGUCGUGAUGGAGGUGCAGGAACGGCUAUGUUGGGCAGACUUUGUGUUCGGCCUAUUCGAAGGCUGGUGGCUAUUCAAAGACGGCCGGACACAUGCGACGGCGGAUGAGAUGGUGUGGAAAGAUUCGUUCAAGGCUGCUGGUUUUGGCCAUGUUGACUGGACUGGGGGUAAUUUGAGAGACUCGGGUCUUCAAAGGGUGUUUUUGGCUACCGCAUCAGACAGCCCAUGA